GCGCACUGUAUGCCUUUGCGCUUCCUUAAACGCGUUCAUAAUGGCGGUGCAGCUUGCUCAACCAAACUGACUGGCUUUUAAACUUCAAAACCUGCAUUUAUUCGAUUGGUCUGAUCACAGUAGCACAGAUUAGACUGGCCAGCAGCUCUCUAGAGAAACCGUUACUGGAAUGCUAGAGACUGAGUCCCCUGCCAUGGAGAGCAAUGGGAAUGCGUUUGUUCCUGACCUUCCAGUCCUGGGCCAAGGCACUGAAUGGUCCAUGAACCAGCCCCUGUCUGAGAACUCGGAUGUUGCAGGCCAAGAGCAGCAUGUGAACUCUUCAGAGCUAGGGUCUGUGGAAAAGGCUGUGGAGCAGUGUCAGCUCGCCAGUGCUCAGCUCCUUCAAGAAGCCCAACCACCCCCACCGCCUCCCCCUCCGCCACUGCCCACAGAUGAACCAGAACCGGCAGCAGCACCAGAGGGCCCUCAGCCGGAGGUUCCCCAACCGCCCGAUCACGAAGAGACGGAUGCAACAGUGAUGGCAGAGGAUGGCAUGGAGCUAGAGGAAACGGCCAAAGAUGCGACUCAAGAAGCAAUUAUUCCUGCAGAACCAGAGUUGCCGUCAGAGUUCGACAGGCUCUUUAAAUCAUGCGAGGAGAACCCCGAAGACUUCAAUGCGUGGGUCGCACUGCUGCAAUAUGUGGAGCAGGAAAAUCUGCUUGUAGGUGCAAGGAAAGCAUUCGACACGUUUUUUCUGCGUUAUCCCUACUGCUAUGGCUACUGGAAGAAGUAUGCAGACUUGGAGAAAAAGAACGGAAAUAUCCAGGUUGCAGAAGAGGUCUACAGACGAGGUCUUCACGCCAUCCCUCUCAGUGUAGAUCUUUGGCUUCAUUAUCUCACCUUCAUCAAAGAGAACUCGGAUCCCAAUGACCCGGAGACCGAGGGACGCAUUCGAGCUUCGUACGAUCAUGCGGUGAUGGCUGCCGGCACAGACUUUCGCUCCGACCGCUUAUGGGAGUCUUACAUUACCUGGGAGACGGAACAACAGAAGCUGGCGAACGUCACCUCCAUCUAUGACCGCGUUCUGGGCAUCCCGACCCAGCUGUACUCGCAGCACUUUCAAAAGUUCAAGGAGCACGUGCAGGACAACAACCCUAAAUACUUCCUGUCAGAGGAGGAGUUUGUCCAGCUGAGGCUUGAGCUCUCCAAAGCCAGUCUGUCCGCUGGUCUGACUGAAGACGGGGAGCCGAGCGUUGCUGCCGAAGAGUUGCCUCCUGGAACAGAGGAUCUUGCGGAUCCCGCUAAGAGAAUGACGGAGAUUGAGAACAUGCGCCACAAGGUGAUCGAGGUGCGGCAGGAGGUCUUCAACCACAACGAACACGAAGUCAGCAAGCGCUGGGCGUUCGAGGAAGGGAUCAAGCGGCCGUACUUCCACGUCAAAGCCUUGGAGAAGACCCAGCUGAACAACUGGCGGGAGUACCUUGACUUUGAAAUCGAAAACGGGACACCGGAGCGCGUGGUGGUUCUCUUUGAACGAUGCCUCAUCGCCUGCGCUCUCUAUGAGGAGUUCUGGAUCAAGUAUGCAAAGUAUAUAGAGGUCUUCAGCACUGACGGCGUGAGGAACGUCUACAAGAGGGCGUGCACCGUCCACCUUCCCCGGAAGCCCGCCAUCCACCUGCUGUGGGCGGCGUUUGAGGAGCAGCAGAACGAUGUGGAGGAGGCUCGGGGGAUCCUCAAGACCCUGGAGGCGACCAUCCCCGGUCUGGCCAUGGUGCGUCUUCGCCGGGUUAAUCUGGAGCGUCGCCACGGAAACCUGGAGGAAGCUGAGGCGCUGCUAAAGGAGGCGAUGGAGCAGGGGAGGGAUGUCACUGAGAUGUCCUUCUAUGCCGUGAAGCUGGCCCGGCACGUGAUGAAGGUGCAGAAGGACCCGAGCAAGGCUAAGAAGGUUCUGCUGGACGCUCUUGAGAGAGACCCGACGAAUUCCAAGUUGUAUCUGAACCUGCUGGAGCUGGAGUGCAGUGGAGACGUGACCCAGAACCAGGCCGAGGUCUUGGCCUGUUUUGACCGAGCGAUCAGGAGCCCCAUGCCGCUGGACACCCUCGUCCUGUUUGCUCAGCGUAAAGUGGAGUUCCUGGAAGACUUUGGCACGGACAUCAACACGCUUGUAGCUGCGUAUGAAGAACAACAAAGAUUACAAAGAGAAAGCGAUUCUGCAAAGAGGAAAGCUGAGAACGGAUGUGACGACUCUCUGGAGCCAGAUGCCAAAAGGCAGCGUGCCGACGAUGGCUCUGCAGUCGCAGCAAAUUCAAUGACCGACAUGCAGGCGAACAACUCUGCCUACAACUACAACUGGUACCAGCAUUAUGGGGCCUGGGGACAGAACUCCUGGGGACAGUACGGCCAGUACAACCAGUACAACCAGUACUACCCCCCUCCUCCUACAUGAUCGACACGGCUGGCGUGAAGACCCAGACCUCCUCAAAUCAGUUUGCUGGUUAUCAGGAACCCUUUGCGUUGAAUCCCAAACUCUGCACAGCAUGAUUUUCAUUUCUUAUUCUCCCACUUCUGUUUAGUAGUUAAACCCAGAAGUCAAAAGCGUUCUGGGGGGGUUUAGGACCGAUUCAGCUCAAGUGAAGACUGCUGUAUUCCUUUAGCGAUGCUUAUAUUUUCCAAAAACCUUUUUGAGGAAAUGACUGGUGUUUGAAGGGAGGUUAAUAUUUCAGUGUUUAGCUUUUUUUUUUUUUUUUUUUAAAUCCUACUGGUUAGUUUUUGUCUGUUUUAGAUUCAAACCUGCAAAUGAGGCUUUCAUUGAUGUUUGAGUCAUGGUUUCUUCCACAUUGGUACAAUUUUAAUAUGUUGGUUUCUCAGACAAUGAAGAUUUUCUUUCUUUUUUUAAAAAAAAGUUAUUUCAUAAUAAAGAGAUUACUAUCUUCAA